AUGGCGAAGACGGACACUGACGCAGCUGUACCCGUAGCCCAGGUGGGGCAGGAAAAAGAAAUUGUACAGGGCAGCAUGCGUCCUGCGGCGAUAGGAGACGAAACCCUUAAGAGCAAUGUAGACGUUGACGACGUUGCUUUCCCUUUAAAGCCCAAAAGGGAUAAGAUUCCGGCUAAAUCGUUUAUCGCCUUGUGUGCAGGGUUGGCGGCUCUGCUGCUAGCGGCAAUUCUGCCGAUGGGAGAUGUGAAGUUGCACAGUUACACACCAUUUUUACAUCUGGAUGAUUCCAACCUGCAGAAGUACAAGGGGGAGUUGGUCGAAGCGUCAAAGAAGAUGGAGGAAAGAUGGCAACAGGCAAGUCCUGUUGUGCAGACAACCUUCACCAAGUUCUUCAUUCCGUCCCCAUCAGAAAAUGAACAGCUUCCUGUUGAUCCCUUGCAGACCGUGCGGUCUCAUAUUUCUAGAAUGCUUGAGUGUAAGGUCCCAUUUUCCUUAAAUACUACGGGAAGGAAGGACUACGCUCUGCAAAUGCGGCUGCUGACGUCCCUCUGUAUUGCCGUCGUCGAUCGCCUAGACGAGGUGGAGGAGAUGCUCCAACAAAACGAACGUGUUGGCGUACCGGUGCCAAUUGAGGGUCUUGACGAGCGGUACGCCUUCCCGAGUCUAGAGGAGUUGGAGGGGACGUAUAAUCCGAAGAUGCCGGCGGUGGAAUUCUUUACAUUGAUGGGGGUGACGCCUUCACUCAAGCCUGAAGAAUUGGCAGAGUUACCGGAAGUGGACAGGUGCUUGGGCGACACACUUGUGAAUCUGCUUAAAUUAGAACGCCAACGGAUAGACCACAACCGGAGUGCUUUAGAGGCAUUCGCAGGUUCCCUCGGUUCAUUUGAAGGCCCUUUCCACUUGAGCCCAGCGAAGAAGGUGGACUUCGUUAUUCCUUACACAGGAACUACCUUCAAAACAUCCAUCCUUGGAGAUUUUUUCCAGCUUAUGUAUCCGGAUCACUUCAGCACUCCAAGGAAUGAGUUUCAUUUGAAGCUCCACCGAAUUGGACGCAUGUGGUCGUCGGAAAGUGUCUUGGAGGCGGCAAAGAAGCAGCAAGAAGAUUUCUUUAAAGCAUGGUCAAGAUCCAUAAAUCUAAAAAGGAGCGUUAUGCAAGAUUUAAUGGGAAAGAACGUGCAUCGUGAUGAUCUUCUGAUGUAUUGCAUCUUUAUCCUGUAG